GCAGCUCACAUCGGCUGCUCAUCGUUCCGUUCAAAUUAACGUUAAAGCGAGCAUGCGCUAUGUGACGUCAUUAUUCGUCUGCUGUUGGAAGCAUGGCAGGGGUAGAAGAUAAGAAAGCAGUGUUGGAAAUGGUGCAGGCGGAUGGUGCAGAUGAAGGUUGUGUGACCUUUGUGCUGCAUGAGGAAGACCACACCCUGGGGAAUGCGCUGAGAUAUGUAGUUAUGAAGAACCCAAAUGUGGAAUUCUGUGGCUACAGUAUCACUCACCCCUCGGAGAGCAAGAUCAACUUCCGCAUACAGACUCGAGGUGGGUUGCCUGCAGUGGAGCCUCUUAGGAAGGGUUUGAACGACCUGACCGAGGUGUGUCAGUAUGUCCUCAACAUAUUUGAGACUCGAGUAAAGGAGUUCAGGGAGACACAGGAAGAGGUCAUGGACUGAAGCCAUGGAUUCUGGGAACAAAAUUACUCAGGGUACCUGGAAGAGCAGUUCUGGAAUGAGUAUCUGAGCUUUCAAGCCAACACAAGACUGGCAUGGACUUUACAACGUACUAAUUUGCACAACAGUCUGCAGAUUUGUUGCAAAAUUAAUUUUGAUGUUGGUCAUGAAUAGCAAAUUAAAGGGGAUGAAUCAAUGAAUGGAAAUGUUUGUCCUAACUUUUCAGUGACAGAUUUAAGUAAAAUGUUAAUAUUUUGCUGAAAAAGACCUCCGUUAUUUUUAUUUUACCCUCAAGCAGAAACCUCAAGCUGUCUUUGGGGAUUUCCUGUUUUGGCUUGCACCACAGUCUUUUUCCCGGAUCUCUUAGUCCUCUAUCGGUCAGUGGAAGACCUUUUAGCAGUUUUUUUUCAUAUUCUGUUUCUAGAAUAUGCUGCAUUAGUAUUAUAUAUAUAUAUAUAUAUAUUUUAUAUGAAACCUUAUGCUUUCAUUUUUCGUAAAGAAUGUUACCUUAUGUGGUAUUGUAUUGGUCCUUGAAGGAAUGCUUAACAAUAAAACAACAUCAUGUAAAAUCUUG